GUUCAGAUUAAAGCACGCACAUAACACCAACCCAUUUUUAUUUCCCGUGAUCAAUUUUACCAGUUUCAUUUUCUUGAUCUGGCACUCCCUCUCUUUUCUUAUACUUUCUUUUCAUUCCCUUCCUCCCUAUUGUUGUCAAGAUGGCAAAAAGUGUUCGCGCGAGUGUCCAAAAGCGCAACAAAGCGAAACUUCGAGCCACAGUCUUUGGGCCCGUUGUUGACGCACGAACCGAAAGGCUCUCUGCGAAGCUGCAGGAGCUUGCCUCUCAGCCAAAACCGGAGGACCAGGGAAAAUCUGAUAUGGCACUGGACACUCAAGAGAACCCAGAAGAAAACGCAGAGACCAAGAUAUCACAAGCAAGUGAAGGUCAGUCGCAUAUGGAGAUCGAUAAUGGUUCCAUGAAAUCUACCCAGAGCCGGUCUCAUAAAGCAGGACGUAUCCAUAAACGCCAUAGCAACAGAAAGAACCGCUCGUCCAUCGUGUUUCGUCCACAGCAGUCUAAAAACAAGAAAGGUUCAAAGAAGAGGUGAAGGUGUUGUGUUACUUAUCAUUUGCUUUAUGAAAUGCUUUGGACACUUGGGUAGAAUGGCGUUUGGGGUUCAUCUACGACAUCCUCUCAUUUGUUUCUGUUAACAAAACCCCCUUUUAAAAAU